UUGGUGGCCGGUCGGUUUGAAAAAAAAAAUUGAAAAAACCCCAAUUUCCUAUCCCAGAACCCUCGGCGUCCCCCUCACCAACCUUGCUCAUCGUUCUUCUCUCUCAGACUUGCUAUCGUUCUCGUCACUGUCUCCCUCACCUGCAAGCUCUGUCAGUCUCACCUGUCGUCGUGGCCUGUGUCGUCACUGUCUCGGAAUCGGCGGACUCAAGCCCUCCGUCGCGGCCUGUGUCUUCACCGUCUCGGACUCGGCGGAUCAAGCUCGUCGUCGUGGACUGCAUCGUCACCGUCUCGCACUCGGUCGCCGCCUUCGGUGCGCUAGCUUCGCCGGCGGUAGAAGCAGACCGAACCAGCAUCUGGUCCCUCGGGUGGUGGUGGUCGUCGUCUUUUUGUUCGGCCGUCAGUUUAGUUGGUCAGCUUCCUUCACCGUCAAUUGGUCCCUGGACAGAAUUUAAAAGAUGUCUUAGUCACAAAUACCAUUAUCAGAAAAGCCACCAUCUCAAGAACAAGCUCAUCAACUUGAAAAAUCAGGGGAAAUCACUGUGAUGUACAUAUAUUGUGACAAAUCUGUUAGGGGAGGUGGGAUUAAUUGAUUUAAGAUAAUGAUGGACCAAGUAACAAUGCUAUGGAAAUAUAGAUGCAACUCUAAAUAAGGAAAAUGUUGGUCAAGUUUUAAAUUUGUCUUAAGAAGAUACAGAUGCCAACUAUGAGAUCACUUCUUGGAUAUGAUUUAUCAAUUGCGUUUAUCUUUUGCUCACUCUUGUUCAUUUAAUUUGAGAAAAUAUUUGUACUAGUGACUAGUUUAUUAUUUCUUUUUGCAUCAUUAGUUAUGUCUAAAAAUUGAUACUUGAUUAUUAUUAAUAUGUUUGUGACAACAUGCAUUUUAACUUUUGUUUUUAAUUUUAAUUUUAUAAUUUGAUAUUUUUAUUUAAUUAUGACCCGGUCAACCGGGUGCAUUAGUGACCCACUGGUUGAACCAGUGACCCGGUACCAGUUCGAUUCUGAUAACUAUGAAUCAUGGAUUUUAUCUCAUGGAUGCUUUUACUGUGUUUUUAUCAAUUCUGACUACAUAAUUUGCAGGAUAAUAGUUAUUGCUACUCUUUUUCUUUUAUUUGAUACCAAGUCAAUCGGUUCAACCAGUGAUUCGUUGGUUGAACCAGUAACUAAUGACCCAGUAUUAUGAUCAGUUUAAUUAUUGGUUCGUUUUGAUAACUAUGCUGAGAACCCUUAAGCUAGUGCUCUUUGCCUCAGUCCCUCAACCUCCUUCCUCGUGCUUUGUCCCUCUCUCCCUUCACCUUCACGCGACCACGUACGCCACCGCCAAUCUUGAUUUUCCUCGCUGUCGAGCUGCUGCUGCUGCCUCUCCCUCUUGUUGUUUGCCUCUCUUCGGGUUUCAGAUUUCUUGGCAAGGCAAAUGAAGUGCAUAGGUAGCAGAUGUAAAUUCAACAAUAGGCGCAAUAAUGUCAAUGCGGAAAUUCAUCAAACACCUUCGGUCAUGCCACCAAUCCCUGCCCAACACACACUCCUUCUCCACUGUUUCCACCCAAACUCCAAAAAGCCACCACCACCGUGUCGAAGACCCUCACUCUUUGCUGAAAGAGGACCCAAUCGAAAUAUGCACAUCUUUGUGGGUCAAAUCCUUCUCCUCCCCAAACCACUACACCUUCUCCAACCUCACCGGUUUUCUCUCCAAAUUUGAUCUUUGGGUCCUUGCCUACCAGCGCUCUUGUGCCCACUCCACCGGCACCUUCCCUCCCCGCAACGCCAUCCACUCCCACCACCUCCAAAACCUUCUCUCUCUCCGAAAUGCUGUUGUUUGUGGUCGUUUUAGAUGGAAUGACAAGGCCCACCAGCUCCUCCUCGCUCCCAACGCCUUAAAACCCCUCUCAAAACGCAAACUUGAAAAGUUUAUGAACUCAUCUGAGCCCUGUUUCCAGGACCGGGUGGUUCAGGAGGUUCUCUUGAUGAUCCUUGAGCCUGUUUUCGAGUCUAGGUUUUCACAGAAAUCACAUGCCUUUCGACCGGGAAGAAGCGCCCACACCGUGAUUCGAACAAUUAGGAGUAAUUUUGCUGGAUACUUGUGGUUUUUGAAGGGCGAUUUGAGUGAUAUUCUCGAUACUGUGGAUCAGAAUGUGGUCAUGGUGUGUCUUGAAAAAGGUACAAAGGAUAGGAAAAUCUUGGGUUUGAUAAAAUCUGCACUUAAAGAGCAUCCUUUGAAGUGUGUGUCUAGGAAUGAUGAGGAGAAGGAAGAGUUAAGGAAGGUUAAGAAGAGGAGGGCUACUAAGAAGAGGAUUCUCAAUGAGAAUGAGCCGAAGCCGGACCCGUAUUGGUUGAGGACUUUCUUCGGUUUCGCGCCAGAGGAGGCUGCUAAGGUACCUGAUUAUGGUUAUUGUGGGAUUUUAAGUCCAUUGAUUGCUAAUGUCUGCCUUAAUGAAUUGGAUCACAUGAUGGAAGGGAUGAUUGUUGAGUUUUUUAGGCCUUGUAAGUUUGAUUCAAUAUGGCGGUAUUCAAUUGAUGAUGGUUGUCAUAACCCUGCAUGGCCGGAGUUUGUUCCAGCCAGUGGAAAGGAGAAGACUAGGAAGAUGGAUUACAUAAGAUAUGGGGGUCAUUUCUUAAUUGGAAUCAGAGGGCCUAGGGAGGAUGCAGUGGAAGUUAGGAAGAAAAUUAUUGAGUUUUGUGAGAGUACUUUCGGAUUAAGGUUGGAUAAUUCGAAGCUAGAGAUUGAGCAUAUUUCAAGGGGGAUCCAGUUCUUGGAUCAUAUAAUAUGCCGGAGGGUGAUAUACCCGACAUUGCGUUACACUGGUUCUGGAGGUAACAUUGUGAGUGAAAAGGGUGUUGGAACCUUGCUUUCGGUUACUGCUAGCUUGCCACAAUGCAUUCGUCAAUUUAGGCAUCUAGAACUGGUGAAGGGUGACAAGGACCCGAAGCCACUUCCUUGUACUCCUAUGUUGUAUUCGGGUCAAGCUCAUACGAACUCCCAAAUGAAUAAAUUUCUCGAGACCAUGGCUGAUUGGUAUAGGUAUGCUGACAAUCGCAAAAAAGUUGUUGGCUUUUGCGCUUAUGUAGUUCGUAGUUCUUUGGCCAAAUUGUAUGCUGCUAGGUACAGGCUGAAGUCACGUGCCAAAGUGUAUGGUAUAGCAUCGCGAAAUCUUAGCCGUCCGCUGAGGGAGAGCACUAACAAUUCUGCGCCUGAAUAUUCAGAUCUUUUGAGGAUGGGGCUGGUUGAUGUAAUUGAGGGUGUUCAGUUUUCACACAUGUCGUUAAUUCCAUCCUGUGAUUACACACCAUUCCCAAGGAACUGGAUCCCAGGUCAUGAGCGGGUGUUGCAUGAAUACAUAAAACUUGAAAAUCCUAAGUUUUUCUGUGAAUUGCUCAGAACUGUCAAGCAAAAAGGUUUAAUUCUUCCUCAAGAAGAAAUAUCUCAAAUGGUAUGGGACUACAAAACUCUUGGGGUUCGUUAUUUCCAUUCCAAUCAAGAUCAAGAAAUCAAAACUGAUCCAAAGAAGAUAACUGAGUAAGUUUAGCAAUGAUAUACAGAUUAAUGGAGUCUUCUCGACACUGAGAUUCUGUUUCUGAGCUGGUGACAACAGAAAAAUGGUUAUCUACACUGUUGGGUCGUUUUCUACAUCGAGUGGGCAAGUCCUUCAUACCCUACACUAUCAACAAUGCUGAAUUAUAGAAUCCAGAUGAGGGCAUUGUGAUUCACUAUCAACAAUGUAGAACAUCGCAUUGGUAACAGGUACAGAAAAAAAUUACUGCAACAGUAAAACCACAUGUAGUCGAUGACUUGCUUAGUUGGAUUUGGAAUUUGGAGCUUCCUUGGUGUGAAAUUGUGAAUUCUUGAGGAUAAUAUUUCGGAUGGCAAAGAAGGUUGUUUGCUGGUUAUUUUACCAGGGAAGCACUUUAACAUAAUACUUGCAUCUAAUUUCACCAUGUUCCAUUAUUCAAAAGGAAGUGUUCAAGAGGAAUAAUUCUUUUCUCCUGUGGAAGGUACCUUCCUAUGACCACCAAGCAUAGGGAAUUCCAUCUACUACUGGUAAUUUUUAACUACUGCAGGAUGGAAUAUAUGUUGGAGAUUGAUGAAUGUUGAUUGAUCAACUAUGAUAUUAAUAAUUUCGAAAUUAAUGUGUUUGAAAUUAACAAGCCAUCUGAUCUACUUUGCUUGUCUCUGACAUUAGAAUGUGUGAUACAGUUUGUUUUCUAUUGAUGAGACAAUUAUCUUAAAGUUUCCAUCAGUGGAAGGUAGAUGAAAUGUAGGUGCCGAAUUUAUGCAUACUGUUGUGGAUUGGAAUUUAUUUUGGAGGACUGUGGUCAAAUUAGAAAACUUAGAUGAAGAGCAAUAA